ACUAGGAUGUUUUUCCUUGACUCGUUAUAACUUAUAUAUAUACCCAUUAUUAUAAAACCCAACUUAAGAAAGGCAAACAUAACAACAUAAGUAUGGGGAAAACAUUGAAUAUUUUACUUGGAAGAAAAUCAUCAAAGUUAAACUCUUUCUUAGAGCAUUCUUUUACUAGAAAUUCACAUCUCAAGAAUCGGCAACAAGCUCUUUUCUCCAUUUUUCAAUCUGAUGUUAUUGAACUUCUCAACCUUGGUCACCAAGAACAAGCUCUUCUUCGAGUUGAGCAUGUGAUAAAGAGCAAGAACAUGUUGGAUGCAUUUGAUUUGAUAGACUAUUAUUGUAACCUUCUUCUGGAAAACGUGUCUUUGAUUGAAAAAAGCAAGGAUUGCCCAGAUGAAUUAAAGGAGGCCAUAGGAAGUUUAAUAUAUGCAUCUUCAAGGUUUGGAGAUUUCCCAGAAUUACAACAUAUUAGAGAUUAUUACACUUCAAAGUUCGGCCAUCAGUUUGUUUCUCAAGCUGUUGAAUCUCCUAGAAGUUUUGGUGUCAAUGAAAAGAUUAUGCAAAAGCUAUCAAGAAGCAAACCAAGCAUGGAAACUCGAAUUAAUUUUCUCAGGGAAAUUGCAUCCAACAAUGGCAUCACUUUGCAUUUACAGGCGAAUGCUCAACUACAGUGAAUAAUCCCAUUUAUAUGAUCAUAUUGUAUAUACUUUUUUUUAUGAUUAUGUAAGAAAAUAUAAGUAACGCAAAACUAAACUUAGAAGAGGUGAUUAGCUGAAGUAGGUGAAAGAUUAUCCAUAACAGUUAACUAAUCCAUGAACAUAUAUAUGUUACCCAUGGACUAAAGGAUUGUUUUUGUAUAUAACAUUUUUGUACGAUAUUUUGUUUAUUUGUUUCUUCCUCAAUCUUAAUUGACUUAUUCAA